AAAAAACUGAGAUUAAAAGAUGAAGACGUCCGUGGCUGUGUUGACUUUCUCCCUCUUUUACCUUAGUCUAGCUGAGGAGCAUCAAUGGGACCACCAAGCUCCAGAAAGCAAGAGCACACAGAUUCCAGGCAUAAUCUGUUCAUCUAACAUAACAGGGAGCAAGGAGAGCCCCAGCCAACUUUUUGUCAUUUUAAGGGAGUUAGAGUCCAAACUGAGAAACACUGAGAAACAAAUAGAGGAUCUGAGGAAAGAAGUCCAAGGAAAUCGGGUGGCGUUUGGAGCAUCAAUGGGCAAAGUUGGAGAUGUUGGACCAUUUAACGUUGCCACGACACUGAUCUACAAGAAGGUCUUCUUCAACACAGGAGAAUACAAACCUGCAACAGGUAUUUUCACUGCUCCAGUCAAAGGAGUUUAUUACUUCAGCUUCACUGGCCAUAAUCUAUCAACCAGAGACAUGGGGCUGAGACUGAUGAAGAACGGAGAGCUGAUGGCUUUUGUACACAACUACCCAGCUGGAAACCGCUUCGAGACAGCAACCAAUGGAAUGACUCUACAGCUUGAAGUGGGAGACCAGGUGUACAUAAGACUCAGUCAAACCAACUGGGUUCAUGAUAAUGGCGGUGGCCUCAGCACCUUCAAUGGUCAUUUGUUAUUCCCUUUGCAAUGAUUGUGGUUGCUAUCUAACCUGAUGAAAGAAGGCUACACAUUUUCCACUCUUAUAAUUACAGAAUAACAAUUGCCUAUAAGUGAUCAAUCACUGUGAUGUGGGUACUUUGAUAACCGUCAAUCAGUUUAUUUUAUGUUUGCCAUUAUGUGACGUUAUUAAUAAAAUUACGUUUAAAAUCUGCAAUCUUUUUUCAUAUGUUACAAAACUUGAGAUAAACAUUCAUUCAAAACAAUGUCAACCCAUUUAGAACCAUACUGUACUUCAGAGUAAAAAUCACAUUUCCUUAUUUUUCACUUUGUAGUCACUGCACACAAGUGUACAUGUUUAAAAACAUUCAAACAUUUAAUAUUAUUAUUACAGACUGAUACAGGCAGUUCUGAAUGUUUAUUCAAUGUAAACUAUUGGUUGUUUAUUGUCAACGUGAAAUUAGCUUCACUCUGUGCAAAGUCCAAAAGCAUAAAACAGGUCGCCAGCAAUAAACUCUCAGCACGCAAUUAGGUGUCCUUUA